AUGAUGAUUCGCGAUAAGAGGUCUUCAGGUCUUCAGGAGUGUAUCCCAGAACUGAUCAGCCUUGGUCGUAAACUAACCUUCUACUUAAGAUGCCUCCAAAAGAUAAGCGCAGUAAUGAAGCGAAACUGUGGUACAUUAAAGUGAAUUCGGGAGCCGCGUAUUUAUACAGAGGAGGAAAAAGAGUGGAAAAUUUCUUAAACAUAAUCGGAGCCGAAUCAUACCAAGACUCAUCAGGUUCUGUUGCUGAAGAAUCUGGAGCAUCACCUCCCAAGAAGAAACUCAAGGUGAUUUAAAGUAUACAGUAUACAUUUAUUGCUGACAUUGGACUCUAAAUUCCCAUUCAAUCCAGGUUAUGGCUAAAUUACUGAUGUAUCAAUUCACUGUAAGCCUAAAAUCUAUCAUCAAUUCUUCUUUCAGCUCGAAUUCACUCCAAUAAAUUCACGGGGCGCGUAUCGGUUUGGAUCUGUGAACAUUUGGGCUCGUAGUAUUUAGCAACAGCCAGUUAGACGUACAACAAAGCGAUCUGGCAAAGUUACCACAUUACGAGGGAGCGUUUUUAACCAUAGGUGAAGCAGGGGAGCAGUGCGAGGUAAGAUAAAAAUCUAUGUGAGACUCUCCCGCAACCGUUCGACUAUCGAGUGACUUGGAAAGAAAUGAAUUAAGUGACGAGGCAUUGUUAUUUUAAUUGCCCUUGUUAGCAUAAGACGUUAUGUUUCUUGUCGCCUUCUGUUGUUUUAAUUUUCCGAAAAGUUUCAUUUUAACCGGGAAAUGUUAUAAGUUAAGUUAAAUGAACUUAAUAUGAACAUUUACUUCAUUUUUAUGAUAAAAAAUCAUGUUACGUUCCAGUUAGGCUGAGAACGGCACGGAAAAAUCGCCUUUAACGAAUACAUGCAGGAUUUUACUACAAUCCUAAUCAAAUCCUGUGUUUUUGUGGAUAACUUUUAGUUGUUUGCAUUUACUUAUUACGACUCAUAUUUUUCUCUUCACAGAAUGCUGAUGAUGUAAUUAGCACUGUUUCCCGCAUUAAUUUCUGCAAGCUUACAUCAUUUAACAUUGUUUUAUUUACAAUGGUUGAAGGUGUAAAAAAUCUAAAAAGAAAAAAAAUGCUAAAAGAGGGCGCUACUCUGGCACAGCAUGGCUACUUUUAC